AUGGCUGGUAGGCUGGACGGAUUAUGGAGAUGGGGCAGUCUCGGUAUCUCGAAUGCCACUGUUGGAAUGGUCGCUGCGGAGACUGCCGGGCUGAUGAGGGAGCUGGAAAACUGUGUUCCGGCUGCAGCUGUCCGUGACAGCACUGUGUGGCUGCCUACAGCCGCGGCUGCCUUCACCGUGUCGUCGUGCUACGCUGCCUUGUGCAAGAUGCAUAUUCCGUAUGGCCCUCCAGGUGCUUUCGACAUGUCUUACAAGUCCAUUUGGAGGGUGGAUGUCCCCCUUAAAAUUAGAGCUUUCGGUUGGAAGUGUUUUGUGAAUAGAAUUCCGUCAAAGGUUUUGCUCCUCAAAAGAGGUAUUCUCUCUUCUAAUUCUAAUAUCGCUUGUGUUUUUUGCGGUUCUUAUCCCGAAUCAUCUGUUCAUUUGCUUUUGGAUUGUUGCGAAGCGGAGUUAGUUUGGAAGGAAAUUGCUAUUUGGUUGGGAACGAACAAUUGUAAGGCUAAUGAUUUUAAGGAAAGUUUUUCUUCUUGGUAUAAUUCUUGUAGAAAGCUGAAUAUUAAAAAGGGAAAGGCGGGAGGUAUAUGGUUGGCAAUAAUUUGGAGUCUUUGGUUGUGUAGGAAUGAAAUUAUUUUUAAGGAUGGAGCUUGGAAUGUUAGAGACGUCGUUUGGGGGUGUAAAGCGCUUCUUUGGAGGUGGUCAUUCAUAGGGAAUAUUACUCAUCACAAUUAUAACUUCUACGAGUUUAGCAAAAACCCUUUGCUUUACCUAGCUUAG